AUGUCUUCAGAACUGGGAGAAGUGCUUGUGGAGGUUUAUGUCAACGGCGUCUUCUACUGCACUGACAGUUACUGGGCCUCAGAUGAGCAAGAUGUGGAGUCGGAGAUCACCCGUGCCAUCUAUGACCAUUUCGAUUGCUAUAAACCGGAAGACAUAGAUGUGCAGCUAGAGGUUGUCAUGAACGACGCAGUCUCCUGUGAGGAGAAAGAUGUGCAGCUGGAGGCUGACUUCAAGGAUGCUAUCUCAAAGCCGGUGUUGCUGACCAAUCCAGCAGGGCCUUCCACAGAAGUGGCAGGAAGCAGCAGUGAGAUCGAUCAGGAUGGCAUGAAUGCUUCUCCUGAAACCUCUGAGGAGGUCAUCCCAACAGAAUUUGCCAAAGUGAGGAAGACCAUUAGUGAGUUCUUCCGGACUGGGAUCUCAGCACAGCCUAAGACUGAUUCGGCUGUUUAUGAGUCGCUGUGUGAGGAGGAAGGAAGCAGCAGUGAGAUCGGUCAGGGUGGCAUGGAUGCUUCUCUUGAAAUCUCUAAGAAGGACAUCCCAAUAGAAUAUGCCAAAGUGAGGAAGACAAUUAGUGCAUUCUUCCAAAAGCGUUAUGGGAUCUCAGCGCAGCCGGAUCCGGAUGAGUCACUGUGUGUCCCAGCUGCAAGCGCUCCUGAACCAACAUCUGAACCUUUGUCCUCAACAUCUGAGCCUAUGGAACCUGAACUGGAUCCAGUCAAUACUGAGGAAUGGUGUAUCCCAGAUCCGAGCAGUUUUGAAUCGGGACCUUCAUCCUCAGAAGGUUUGGUGGAUGACAUCAGCGAUGCCAUCUCGAAGCUGAGGAGCCCAAUGCUGGUGUCUGAAGAUCUGACCGAACCAGCAGGCCCUUCAGCAGAAGUGGGAGGGAGCAGCAGUGGUAACGAUCAGAGUGGCACUGAUGCUUCUCCUAAAACCCCUGAGGAGGACAUCCCAACAGAAUAUGCCAAAGUGAGGAAGAUCAAAAAAAUGAGUGCGUUCUUCCAAAAGCUUUUUGGGAUCUCAGCACAGCCUCAGAAGAAUCCUACUCUUCCAGAGCCGCCGUGUGUCCCAGGAGCAAGCAUUCCCGAGCAGGAACCUCAAGUGACAGAGCUUUCAGUGUUAGAGAACUAUAUUCCUCAAAACAUUUCCCAGUUGAAAAACAGUUUGGAGGAAUGUAUACUGUCUGAGACACCUGUCACUGAGGUCUGGCCCAACAUCUUCUUGGGAAAUGAAGAGACAGCAAGGGACCGAACCAAACUCAAAGAGAUGGGUAUUACCCACAUCUUAAAUGCUGCAGCAGUGAAGAAGAAGCUGAGGGUCCUGAUGGGAAUGCCAACAGAGAAAGACCUGAAAGGAAAGAUAAAUACAGUGGCGAAAUAUUACAGAGGCAUGAACAUCAAAUAUUGCGGCUUGGCCACAACACACAGAGACGGUUUCAACAUGGGCAUGUACUUCUUACCAGCUGCCAAAUUCAUUCACAAGGCCCUGAGGAACCCAGAAAAUAAGGUGUUAAUUCACUGCAGUCAUGGUGUCAGCCACUCCCCUACACUUUUGCUGGCAUAUCUGAUGAUCCACCAUGACAUGAUGGUGGACGAAGCCAUUGAUCACGUCAUAAAGAUGCGACACAUCAAGCCCUCCAUAAGCUUCCUGACGCAGCUGAUGUCCCUUAAUGCCGAACAUGUGGAGCAGCGAAAACAACAGCUACAGGGCAACCAGGCAGCAAAGUGCCACUAAAAACAGAGCACAGACUAUUUAAUAAUUACUAACUCUUAAACU